AUGCACGCCCAGGCCGUCCUCUCUCUCGCCCUCGCCGGCCUCGCCCUUGCUGCCCCCCAGGCCGGCGGCGCUGGACCUCGUCCUACGCCGGACCCCAACUGGAACUGGGGAUGGGAGCACAAUGCCACCACCACCACCACCAGGACCCUCACGGCCUACACCACCUACUGCCCGGAGCCUACCACCCUCCACUUCAACGGCAAGAAGUACACCGUGACCAAGGAGACCACCCUCACCAUCACCGACUGCCCUUGCACCGUCGUCGAGAAGAGCCAUCCCACCCACAGGCCUCACCACACCACGACCCCUGUCCCCGUGCCUCCCCCCAAGCCCACGGGAAGCGCCUCGCCACCUCCCCAGACCGGCUCUGCUCCUCCCUCCAGGUCCUCUUCCAGCCCGCCAGUCAACAGCGAGAGCCCGCCUUCCCCUCCCUCGACCCCCAACACCCCCAACACUCCCAACUCCCCCAGCCCUCCUACCAAGGUCUCUGGCGCCGAGGGCAGCAACGCCAAGUUCGGCCUCGCCGUCGUCGCGGGUGCUGCCAUCGCCGGUCUCAUGGCCCUGUAA